GAUGACGACAUUCAUUUCGAACGCGGCAUGGUCCUGCGGCCCCCGUCUCUGUCUUCCAUCUGCGGCCCGGCAUCGCGCCACGCUCUGACAUCCGGGAGAAAGAAAUAGGGUAAAACGGAGAGCUUUCGAAAUUCCGACGAUUUCUAGAGAAAUCGAGAUGUCUUUCUUCGAGGAUCUUGAGCCCUGGUUCUACGUUACUCGCUUCCGCGACCAACUGAACGGUUUCUCUAGAACGAUGUUAGCAUCGAUGGCGACGGCGAGCUGCACCGACCGCGCGGCGAACGAGUGCCGGGACGACGAGGCGGCGCUGCGGCUGAAGAUGGUGGCGAUGGUGGCGAUCCUGGUGGCGGGGAUUACCGGCGUGGCGAUCCCCCUGGUGGGGCGCAAGCGGCGAUUCCUGCGAACCGACGGCAGCCUCUUCGUCUUCGCCAAGGCCUUCGCGGCCGGCGUCAUCCUAGCGACGGGGUUCGUCCAUAUGCUCCACGAUGCCCAGUCGGCGCUGACGGACCCCUGCCUCCCGGAGUCGCCGUGGCGGCGGUUCCCGUUCUCCGGCUUCGUGGCGAUGACGGCGGCCCUCGGGACCCUUGUGGUCGACUUUGUCGGCACCCAGUUCUACGAGCGGAAGCACCGGGAGGAGGCCAUGGGGGUCAAGUCAGCCGCUGCGGCUGCUGCUGCUGCGGCGGCGGCGGCAGCGGCCGAGGAAGGUAUCACCGUCAUCUCCAUCGCGCCGGAGCCGGAGGCGGCGGCGGCCGACAACGUCAAGAGCCCGAUGCACAUUGUCGGGAUGCACGCCCACGCGGCGGCGCAUCGGCACAGCCACCCGCACGAGCACGGGGCGUGCGAUGGCCCAGCGCGGCGGGAGGGCGGCCCUGGCCACGCCCACGAGGACGAGGGCGAGGUCUCUUCUCACGUGCGCCACGUGGUCGUCUCCCAGAUACUGGAACUCGGAAUCGUGUCCCACUCAGUGAUCAUUGGGUUGUCACUCGGGGUAUCGCAGAGUCCCUGCACCAUAAGGCCUCUCAUUGCUGCUCUAUCCUUCCACCAAUUCUUCGAAGGCUUCGCACUGGGAGGAUGCAUCUCCCAGGCACAAUUCAGGAACUUGUCGGCGGCGCUGAUGGCGUGCUUCUUUGCGAUCACGACGCCGACCGGCAUCGGCGUUGGAGCGGGUGCUGCAUCGUUCUACAAUGCGAAUAGCCCGAGGGCGCUGGUGGUGGAGGGGAUACUGGACUCGAUCUCGGCCGGCAUUCUCAUCUACAUGGCAUUGGUUGAUCUAAUUGCAGCGGAUUUUCUGAGCAGGAGGAUGAGCUGCAAUCUUAGGCUUCAGGUGGCGUCUUACAUGGCGCUUUUUCUUGGCGCUGGCUCCAUGUCGGCCCUCGCAAUCUGGGCGUGACUCGUAAUGCUGGUGGCUGAAGGCUAGCUCACUGACUCACAAAGCUGGGACGGCCAGGUCUCGUACAAAUGUCGUUAUCUGCUUUUGGUUUUGGAAGAAGGCUCUGGUCGUCUGGACAAAGCCUCUGCUCUUCAAAGCGGAAAUGGAUGAUGUAUAUUUUAGAGCUCGCUUUCAAUUAACGAUUGUUCUUAAAUUUUAGUUGUUUUGUGGGAAGAAACAGACUAUACAAUCCCAAUGGCCCCGAUCCCACGGAGCUGUAGUUGUGAGUCAUUAUAAUGGCUGCAUGUGGAUUGCAUUGAGAGCAAAGAUAAAUUGCAGUGUGUCGAGCAUUUCAUGAGUUUG